AAUAAUGGGUUCACGUUCGCGCAGUCCGUCGGUGAAACGCCGCCAUCACAAGAGCAAACACAAAAAACGCAGCAAGAGUAAGUCACACAAUCGCGACAGGGAACGGGACUACGAGCAUGAGCGCAGUAGCUGCACCCGCAGCAGUCGCACGGAUAGAGAAAAGUCGGCGGAAGGCCGGCGAGAGCGCGAUAGACAUCGCAGCGACAGGCACACUCACACGCACCUGCACACACACACAGAGCGCGACUAUCACCGGCACUCGCACUCCAAGUCCCGCAAACGCUCCAGCUCCUCAAGCAGUGAUAGCCAGCAGUACUCGGAUCACGAGACGCAACGCAGUCGACACAAGCGCAGUCGAUUCAAGAAACUGGAUGAGCAAAAUUUACUUCAGGUAGAGCGACUUGCCGAAAUGGAACGGCAGCGUCGCCAAAAGGAAGCUGAGCAGAAAACGAUCGAAGAGCAGGCGGCCAAGCGCAUUGAAAUGCUCGUCAAGAAACGUGUCGAAGAGGAGCUCGAAAAGCGACGCGACGAAAUCGAACAGGAGGUGAAUCGUCGCGUCGAGACAGCCAAAGCUGAAAUGGAACGUGAAAUGAUGCUGGAGCUGGAGAAGCGGCGCGAGCAGAUACGCGAAGAAGAACGCCGUCGCGAGGUAGGUGCUCGUAUUCACAUUUCGCUGGACGACUGCUGCUACCACAAAUACCCAAACUAUCAACUAUCAACACACGCACAGUAUACAGCCUUCGACUACAACUACCGAAAAACACACACAUGUACAAUACCAAUAGCAGUUGCAAACAGUCGUCUUGAACAAACUCAUUUACGAAACUGUGUAGCGACGUUUUCAGUUGCCACCUGUAAUGAGCAGAUGCUAAAGGCUCAGUUUGUCCCUGAGUGUGUGUGCGUGUGUGUAUACAAAUUUAGCUAAUAGUCAUUCAAGUAAACCUAUUGAUGUUCUUUUUACACUGCUAAUCCACUAACCUACCAUACUAAUGAACUGGUUUAAUCUUUCGGCUUAUGACCGCAGCAUACACACAUGUAAACACACACACACACACAAACAAACGCUGAGUCGCUGGCCACGUCGUUGCACAUUUCGCAUUACUAUUGCCAAAUCAAUUUUGUAAUUAUUAUUAUUUAUUUUUUUCUACAAACCAAAAACGUAACGAAAGACAAAUACCCAAAAGCCAAAAAUAUCGUCUUGCAGUUUUGACGCCCACAAAAGUGCAUAAUUCAAUUUUUGCGUUACUUUUAGCCUCAUCUAUUCUUGUUUGAUUUCAUUUUGAUUGGUUUCUGUAACUGGUUGUUGUUGUUGUUACAUAAUGCGCGCAAUUUAAUGCUUCGAUCAAAUGUGUGUGUGGGUGUGUGCCUGCGUGUGUGAGAGUGUGUCUGUGUGUGUUUAGGAGAGAUGGGAUUACAACAGUAAACAAAACACGUACAUAUAUACACAUACGUAUACAGAAUUGUAUAUGUGUAUGUGAAGCUCUGCUACCAUUCAGCCCCCACCUAAGCCGGAGCUAAUGCUUACGAUGAGAAUUCGGCCACACGGAUGAGAGCACCAAUCAGCUCUCUAGGAGAUCCUUGACGAUGUACUACACACGCAUACACACAUACGUAUCCCGUGUAGCGUAACCCGAACCACGUAUCGCGUAUAUCGUUUAUCGCAGUGUAGUCGAUCAAGCUCAGUAUCUCUUAGCCAGUACAGUGUUUGGGUGUGAGGGCGGGCUUAGCAUAGCUUACCUUAGUUCCAACAGUACGAUGCAUGCCAAAUCCCUAAUAGAUCCCCCAUACACGGGCGCCUAUUCAUACCAAUAAACGGGUGAGUGAGAGUUCGUUAAACAAAACGAAACGUGUGAAUAACUUAAAUGGAUAUAAACAAACUUGAAGUGUGUUAAGUGAAUGGAACAAUCAUCAUUCGAGUGCAUUGCAAAUGCAAAUGCAAAUAAUAAACAAACAAAACAAAAAAAAAAAAAAAAUAGUCUUUAAGGACUCAAAGCUCUCCCUCUAGGAACAUUCGACAUAGGACAACCAAAUCAAAGCCGAUCAGACAUAAGAUUGUUUUAUCGUAACUCAUAAGCCCGGAUAACCAUUUGUCAAUCAAUGGGUAUGACUGAACUUGUUGUUGUUGUCGUGCCACAAAUAUUAAUUUUAUGUAUGUUUGGUUUCUUCAAACAUUUAUCGUUUGGUCGAAACGCUAUUAUAAUUUGAUUCCUAAACU